AUGAUUGAUCCUCAAUUAAUGGAAAAGUGGAAAACAGAGUUGUUCCAAGAUUAAGCAUUAAACAAACUAUUUGAUUAAGAUUUAACUUUAGAAGAGUUUGUUUUAUUGAUUCUUAAGAAUUGUAUAAUUUUACAUUCAAUUAGAUAAUAUGGUUUAAUUGGGUGAUAUAUUUUAAAAAUUGACUUCGAUUAAUUAAUCCAUAUCAAUGUAAUUAGAUCAUUACAUAAAAAAUAAUUAUGAAUUAUUGAUUGAAGAUCUUAAAGAUGUAAUAUAUAUUAAAAUUAUAAGAAAUCUUAAUUAUGUGAUAAUGAAGUUAUUAUUGAAGCUUUAAAGAAAAUAAAAUUUAUUUAAUAAAGAAUAUAAGACAAUUAUGUUACUAAAUACAAUAAAAUUAUAAAAUUAAUGCCAAUAAAAUAAAACAGCGAAAUAGCUUUAUAAAUGUGUAAGUAACUCCAACAAUUUAGUGUGCAAUUAAAAUUGUUGAGAUCUUUAGCUUAAUAGUAAAAUAAUAGCAUAAAUAUAACAGAUGCUCAAAGAGUAGCAAAUGCAUUAUUUGAAAUAGAUAGACUACAAAUUAAACAAUUUUAAUACUAUAAAAAUAAUCAAACAUACAUUAAAUAAGUAGAAGAAACAUUAUAGAUAAAAGUAACUAGAAAGUUUGAGGAUUCACUCUCAGCAAAGAGUGUUCCAGAUUUAACAUAAUGUUUAGGAAUAUUUUAUAGUCUUGGUAGAUUACCUGAAAUACUUGAACUGAAAUGUAAUUAAGUAUUAAAAUAAAUAAGUGAACAAUAUAAGAUAUUGUUUUCAAAUUCUAAAUCUUUUUUACCUGACUAUAGAAAUCAAAUAAAAAAUGAAUUAAAUUAAAUGAUUCUAAUUUGGCUAAUCUAUUAAGCUAUGAAUUAAAGUAAAUUAAUAUAUUUAUCUUAGCUGAUUAAUAUCAUUUAAUAACUUAUUAAGAAGAAUUAAAAGAUCAAUUUCCACACUUAUUUUUGAUGGUUUGGAAAAAAUAUACUGAUGUACUCUAGCAAUCAAUUUAAAUCAUUAUAGAUAACAAGUAGAAAUAUGAGUCUACUUAUAAUAAUUUAGUUCACUUUUACCCAAUAAUUAAAGAUAUAUAUUAUGAUUAAUUAAUAAUGUUCAGCGAAUAGAUUGUAAAAUUAUACCAAUAAAAAUUAGCUUAUAUUUCCAUCAUCUAUUUUAUUAAGUCUCAAUUAAAAUGAGCUCUUGGAACAAUUGAUGUCAUCUUUAAAUGUUUUAAAACCUUUACAUCAAAUGUAGUUUAUAUUACUCUUAAAAGAAUAAAUAACAAAUCUUGCAAAUGAUGUUUAUGUUUAAGAAAAAGGAUAGACAUAUAUUGAAAAGGUAUAUAUAUACAUUUAAUAAUUUUUAGGCUUUGAAUACUAUGACUUCAUUUAUUGAUUUUGUCAAAUUAGAAUUUGAAUAAAUUAAAUAUGAUGGACAAUCAUUUAAAUUUAUGUCUUAAAAGUUGCUUCAUGAAUAUAAUUCUUUAGUUGAAUCUUUUUAAGGAAUGAAUUACACAAAUGAAUGUCUUGCAAUAUUAUCUGUAUCUAUGCCAUAUUUUUGGAAAUAAUUGCUUGAUCAUCCUUUAAAUCAUGAAUUAGAAAUGUCAGAAUUAUAUGUUAAAAAAGAAGGAUUUAAGUAAAUUGAUUAAAAUUUACAAAUCUUAUUUGAUUAAUAUUUUUAAAGACGCAAAAUAACAUAAGAUUUGAUUAAUGCCUUAUAAAAAAAUUGA